CAGUGCAGCUAACUGUGCGAGGAAGAAAGCAAGAAAAAAAGAAGCAAGAGAGCCACCGCCACUAUGCUUGCUCACUCCACUCUCGCUCUAUUUAUACCCAUCUUCUUUCUCACACUAACAGCACCACCUCACCUCAAGCUCAUAGCUAGCAUCAGGCUUCUCUCUCCUGCGGUUGCUAGUUGCUACAGUAUCAGUAGGAUAUCAGCUGCUGCAGCAGCGGCUGCAAGAGCUAGCGCGCGCCAUGCUGACCUCGCUGAGGUACCUGGCCGGCACGGCGGGGCCGAGCGGCUUCGGCUCGCGCACCACCGCCGAGGACGCCACCGCCGACUGCGCCGACCUCCGCCACAUCACCGCCAUCAUCACCGGCGCGACGUCGGGGAUCGGGGCGGAGACGGCGCGGGUGCUGGCGAAGCGCGGCGCGCGGCUGGUGCUGCCCGCGCGGAGCCUCAAGGCGGCCGAGGAGGCCCGGGCGCGGCUCCGCGCCGAGUGCCCGGGCGCCGACGUCGUCGUGCUUCCGCUGGACCUGAGCUCGCUCGACUCCGUGCGCCGCUUCGUCGCGCGCUUCCUCGCGCUCGGCCUCCCGCUCAACCUCCUCGUCAACAACGCCGGCAAGUAUGCCGACCGCUUCGCCGUGUCCGAGGACGGCGUCGAGAUGACCUUCGCCACCAACUACCUAGGGCACUUCCUGCUGACGCGGCUGCUGCUGGAGAAGAUGGCCGAGACGGCGAGGGCAACCGGCGUCGAGGGCCGCAUCGUGAACGUCUCCUCCACCAUCCACAGCUGGUUCGCCGGCGACGACGCCGUUGGCUACCUCGACCGCGUCACCCGCAGAAAGAUACCGUAUGAUCCGACGAUGGCGUACGCGCUCUCCAAGCUGGCCAACGUACUCCACACCAGAGCACUCGCAGAACGACUCAAGGAGAUGAACGCCAAUGUGACGGCGAACUGCGUCCACCCCGGCAUCGUCAGGACCCGGCUCAUCCGCGACCGCGACGGCCUUGUCACCAAUACAGUGUUCUUCCUGGCAUCCAAGCUCCUCAAGACAAUUCCUCAGGCGGCCGCGACGACGUGCUACGUCGCCGUGCACCCGGCGGUGGCCGGAGUGUCUGGGAAGUACUUCGCCGACUGCAACGAAGCAUCGCCGUCGAGGCUGGGCGCCAGCAGCGAGGAGGCCACCAAGCUGUGGAGCUUCUCUGACGCCAUAACGGCACAGAAGAAGAGUGUCCAUGUCGUCACCGGCGGCUUCCGGCUCCAGGUUCAGAUUUCCAAUGCGGACCGCGGCAUGGCCUUCGCGUAGCAGCAUCACGAUUCGGAAAUUUUGAUCGACGAGGAUGUGCACUUGAUGAGAUCACAGACCCAGAAAAAUACAAUUAGUAUUAGUUUCAGAAAGCAGAGGAGAUAGCUAUAAUACGGAAGAAAAGCGAUAGUAGCAUAUGCAUUACGAUAUACACUAUACAGUAUAGCAGUACAGCUUUAAGCCAGGAAAUACAUAGCCAUAUGUAUACAAGUAUAAGCUAGCGAGUUACGGUGUUCUGAGCAUUGUCUGUAGCUGCAAAGAUCAGCAUGUCAUAUAUUUCGAUUGAAUCAUGAGUAUAUUAACUAUACCCAUCAUCAUCAAUCUAAGCUUUUAAGUGAACUAGUCGGUACA